AUGGACUCGAAAAGGCUUCUUCUGCUUUGCCUUAUACAGGGAUUAAUAUUCUCAACGAGUUACUGUGCGAGCUUGGAUUAUUAUACCGCCGGUGUGGUGGAGUUCCGUCAAUCGAUCCUUGGUCUGGAUGCCUGGUCAGAGAACCUGGAGGCCUAUGUGGAGAUCAUUAACUCUGAAAAUGCCAGUGCCACCGACAUAAUUGUCUUUCCGGAGAGCACACUGAAUGCCCUGGGAUCUACCACCUUUGUACCCAAUCCAGAGGAUAACAUCAAUCCCUGUCUAAAUGGCAGCCACUACGAGGAGUUCCUGGUCACCCUUUCGUGUGCUGCCCGCAAUGUCAGCAAGUAUAUUGUGAUUAAUCUCACCGAGAAGCAAAAGUGCGAGGAUACGCCGGAUGAUCCGAGACCCUGUGCCUCCAAUGGCCUGAAUAUCUUCAAUACCAAUGUGGUCUUUGAUCGUCAGGGUGUUGUGGUGUCCCGGUACAGGAAGGUGCAUCUCUAUGCCGAGUCAAAGAACCUUACCUAUCUCCCAGAGCUGGUAACCUUUGAGACUGACUUUGGGGUCACCUUUGGGCAGUUCAUCUGCUUUGACAUCUUGUUUUAUACGCCAGCUCAUCAGCUCAUCGUGGAGCAAGGAAUCACGGAUUUUGUAUAUCCCACUAUGUGGUUCUCACAGCUGCCUUUUCUAACAGCUGUUCAAAUCCAGCAGGGUUGGGCCUAUGCCCAGAAUGUGAAUCUUUUGGCUGCUGGGGCUAGUCGUCCCUCGGUGGGCAGCACUGGCUCUGGCAUCUUCCACGGACGCCAGGGCACUCUGACCAGUGUGAUGAAACAUGACAUCGGUGAGCGAGCCAUUUAUGUGGCCCAGGUACCUAAGAUCACGCGUCGCAGCAGGAGAGCCCUGCAGGACACUCGUCAAUUGCCGGCAAGCACAGAUUUUUACAUGAUGCGAGAUGCCCUGGAGAUUUAUGAGACUCAGUUGCUCCAGUUGGAUGUGGGCAGUAAUGGAAGCAGUACUGGCCAUAUUUGUCAGGAUAGCUUCUGCUGCAACUAUGACCUCGUCUGGCGACCGCAGGAGGGUCCUGUGGCGCAGAAUGCCAAGUACUAUAGCUAUCGAGUGGGUGUGUAUGAUGGUGUGCGAAAGGAUCAAAAUGUGGAUUCCAAUUAUAUACGGAAUUGUGGACUCUUUGCCUGCCUGGGCGAGAGAAUUGAGGAGUGUGGUCUUCUGCCUGAGGAGGGAGUGUCUCCACAGUCUCCAGUGAUUUUCACUCGGCUGGCUAUUAAAGUAACUUAUCCAGAGUCCAGGCAUUUUCUAUUGAUACCAGACACUCUGUUGGAUAAUCUAAUGCCACUGGAGCCCAACCAGUUUGAGUGGUCGCAGACCACUAAGGAGAGCUACCAGCAUGAAGUACAUUUUGCUCUGGCGGAAUCCCAUGAGCUGGGUAACCUACUCACCUUUGCCGUCUAUGGAAAUUACUAUGAUAAUGACUGCACCUUUGGGAUGGGCACCGAGGCAGAGCAGCUGGCCUGUGGCUAUAAGGGAAACUCCAGUCCCUUGAGGAGCCUGGGACCUUGGCUAAUAGCUAUGCCGCUGAUCCUGCUAGGACUCACUUUGUCAAGAUGA